AUGGUUCCAUUGCAAGGUGAGCCCAUCAUCGUCCCAACUGGAUUUCCCGUUAUCGACCCUACCGGUACCGACCCUCAUGCAAGUUUGACGACCCCUCAGCUUCUGGUAAUUCAAGAACAAGCCAAGAGCGAGCCAGUAGAUACUGUACUUCGUCAAGCCAACAGCGCACCUACUACAGAUCAAGUAGCAGCGGGUCACGUCCAUGAGCCUACAACGGAAAAGCUCUCGAUCGUGAGCGCAAAGUUCCCCCUGAGAAAGCAAUUCGCAAAGCCCACCAGUCACGUUCUCACGAACUACUUCGAGGUGUCAUGGAACAACAAUACCAAGUUCUUCGUGUACGAGAUCACUGAUAUACCCGCUGGAAACAAGCGCAAGACCAAAGCUGUUGUCAAAACAGCGAUCCAGGCCUGGGACUUUCUCCGGAACAACCAAGUUCACUUUGCCACGGAUCAUCUGAAGUUUAUUGUGGCUUGGAGGGACCUUCAUACGGGUAUCCAGUGCCCUCGCAAGAGUACAUCCGCGGAAGAGGUUAUGUGGACUCCAACGCCAAUUGCAGAUGGAGACCGUCGCGUUCAACUAUACUUCAAAUGUCACGGCGAGAUGAACCUUGAUCGUUUACAGGACUACGUCAACCCCAGAUCCAAACCCAACGACUCAGCUUUGCCCGACUUCAACUUCAACCCUCUAGUGGCAUAUCUAAACACAGUCAUUGCGAAGAAUCUGACUGACGAGGUGUUUCAAACAUCCUCGCACAAGUUCUUCUUCAAGGAUAGCCACGAGGUUCUCGGUAGAUCAAAGUCGCUCUGUGUCAUGCGAGGAUACGAUUACACCAUUUCGCCAGCUAUGGAAAAGGUCUUGCUCAACGUCAACGCCGCAACGAGUGCUUUCUAUCGCCCAAUCACGGUCGCAGAAUUUCUCAAGGACAACACCUUCCAUCAGAACGAGCGUGAGCGACGUAUCAAGCGAUUGCGAGUCUACAUCAUCCCGGAACGACUAGCCGUUACUGAUCCUGAGGAACAAAAGCGCGUUGACAACCUGAAUAGGCCGCAGAAUCGCAUCAAGACUGUCAAAGCUUUUGGUGGGGACAUCGGAAAUCGUUCAGACGACGCGUUGAAGUUCCGCAAAUGGUUCAACAACGGAGGCCAACUACAGCAGGCAAAUGAGGAUACACAUGUCGUCGACCACAUGAAGCUCGCCUGUCAAACUCCCGACCACGUUCGAGCUAGGAUUGAAGCUGAGGGCCUGAAAGGUCUUGGCAUAAUACAAAAGGAUGGGGCGCAGAAUUUUGACAAAUGCAAUGCGUUGACCAUCGACCCACGCAUGCUUCAGAUACCCUCUACUCGUAUGGAACAAGUGCACGCCGUUUACCUCAAGGAAUCCGGCAAUCCGGAAUACAAGAAGCCAAACAUGGACAGCAAAGCUCAGUGGAAUCUCGACGGCAACUUCAAGUUCUUUAAGACGCCCUCGUCUGGUGGCUCGCUUGAAUACUACAUGAUCAACGGCAGCGACCUCUCUAAUGAGAAAGUAGCUGAGACAUACCAGAAAGCCAUAAAUGUGGGUGUCUCACAGUAUGGCAUCGCAAAGUGUGCGAUCUGCUGUGGCAUUUCCACCUUACCCAGUUACCGCAAAACCAUCGAGAAAGAGGAGCCAGACGAGACGGUGUCUGAUACCGACGAAGAGCUCAAAGAACAGAAGCCAGACAUAACGCUGGCCAAAACCCACGAAGAACUCAAGAGCGAUGUCAAGGAGGCUAUCAAAAGAUGCCAAGAGCAAUCUGCCAACGGAAAGCUCGUCAUUCUUGUACUUGAACGAUACAACAUUCCUGUCUACUCGGCCUUCAAGGACGUCGCCGAUCGCAUAGCUGGGCUUCAAUCACUCUGCGUCACUGCCGAAAAGAACUCGAACAAGCAACUUGGCGACAAGGGGCUCAGCCAGUACUUCGCCAACGUCAUGAUGAAGGUCAACCUGAAGCAGGGAGGGCUAAACCAUACCGCGUGUGACGAAAACCCUGGCGAAGGAACUAUCCGCAAGACGCUUCUCAAGGAAGCGCCUGCCAGGAGCGUAAUGAUUCUCGGCGCUGAUGUCACCCAUCCAGGUACCAACUCACUCGUUGGUUGUCCCUCGAUUGCAGCUUUGGUCGGCUCUGUAGACCUGGAUGGAGGCAAGUUCCUGGGCUCUAUGCGUCUCCAACAGAAGAGCAAGAAAGAAAUGAUUGAUGAUAUAGAGGGUAUGGCGAUGGACAGAUUUCGAGCAUGGAAGGAAGCUCGACAAUCUUUCCCGAAUGUGCUCUACUACAGGGACGGUGUUUCGACAGGGCAAUACGAGCAAGUCGUCAAAGAAGAAUUGCAAGCUAUCAAGAAAGCAUGGAACACUGUCUUCCCCGGCGAGUCAGCCGACUCUCCCAAGAUGACGGCUGUCGUUGCAGUCAAGCGACACAACACACGAUUCUUUCCCAUAGCUGGGGAAGCCCAUGCGAAUGGCAACUGCAAGGCAGGUACGCUUGUUGAUAGUGGCAUCACAUCGCCCUUCUUCUCGGAGUUCUACCUGCAGUCUCAUCAUGCGUUGCAGGGCACGGCUAUACCUACGAAGUACUUUGUUCUCGAGAAUGGCCUGAAGUUCUCCGACACAGAAAUUCAGCGCCUGACACACAAGCUCUGCUUCACCUACGUACGCGCCACGAUGGGCGUCUCCUAUGCCCCACCAGCCUACUAUGCGGACAGGCUCUGCGAACGUGGCCGCAACUACCUGCGCGACUGGUUCACACCCAACUAUGAGAGCGAUCACUUCAAAGCCUACCAGGACCGGAAGGCCGAGAUUGAGGACGAUGCUAAGACCGCUUUGAGAGACACAAUCUCGCGACUUCCUGUACAACCAAUUCCCGCGGGUCGUCGAAGGGCUAGGAAGUCGGUAGAACAGGUCGAUGAGGAACGCAAGUCGCGCAAAGGUGCCGAGGACCUUCUCGAGAGUGAAUACCUCCUCGCAGCAAAGCAGUACUUUCAAGGUCAACGAACUGAUGGGCCUGGCCCGUGGGCCGAGGCUCUCGACAAGACGAUGUUUUGGAUGUGA